GUUAUUUUCACUUGGUAGCAUGCCCUAACCUCUCAAUCCAGUUGUUGAACUUCCCUCAUCGCAUGGAUCCCCAAAACCAUAAGCCUCUCAAAGUCCACCUAGUUUCCUCCACCGAUUCGUCCGAGUUCACUCUCCUGAGUCAGGCCUUGACUCGGACAUCACUCGUUGGUCUCGACGCCGAGUGGAAACCCGUCCGAACUCAUCAAACGUCGUUCCCCACAGUUUCGCUCCUCCAAAUCGCGUGCCAACUCGGCGGCGACUCGGAAGAAGACUCGGCGGUUUUUCUGCUGGACUUGUUCUCCCUUCCUCUGUCUUCGCUAUGGGAACCGCUGCGAGAAAUGCUCGUGUCUCCCGAUAUCCUGAAACUCGGAUUCAGGUUCAAGCAGGAUUUGAUAUACUUGUCUUCCACUUUCUGUUCCCAGGGCUGCGAUCCCGGUUUCGACAAGGUUGAGCCGUAUUUGGAUAUCACGAGUGUGUACAAUCAUCUGCAGCUCAAGAAACACGGAAGGAAUGCGUCGAAGCAAAGUAAGAGUUUGUCAACUAUAUGUGGAGAAGUGUUGGGGUUUUCACUCUCAAAGGAACUCCAAUGUAGUGAUUGGUCAUGUCGUCCUCUUACAGAAGAGCAGAUAACAUAUGCAGCUAUGGAUGCUCAUUGCUUGCUUGAAAUAUUUAAGGUCUUCCGGAAUUUUUGGUCAAUUCAUUUUGUUGAAUUCCUCAUUGUAGGAGAUUUGGUUCUCAAGACAACUGAACUGUCUCAUAAUAAUGCAAAUCUUGGGUUGAAAGAGCUUUUCCAGAAGCAUGAUAUGAGUGAUAAAGUCUUAAGAACACAAUUUUGUGCUGCUUCAGCAAUUGUCCAAGCUGCUAGUUGUUCUGAUGUUGCUCAGGUGAUACUUUCAGCAUGCGGAACGAUCCAAAAAUCAUGUAGGGUUACGUUGCCAAUGGAAGAAUUUUUGUUGAAUGUUGUGAAAAAAUAUGGUGAUAGGAUUUCGCUAAAGGAGUCAGACAGAAAGACCAAGACCCCAAAAAAGAAAGGGAAAAAGCAUCCACCAAUUAAUGGGAUUUGCAAAGAAAAUCAUUUAGAGAAGUUUGAUGAGUGGCAAGGGAGCUCACCUUGGGAUCCAUCAGUGGGGGGAGAUGGACAUCCAAAGUUCCUUUGUGAUGUAAUGGUUGAAGGCUUGGCAAAACAUUUACGGUGUGUUGGGAUAGAUGCUGCAAUUCCUUACUCAAAGAAGACUGAACCAAGGAAGUUGAUAGAGCAAGCACAAAAAGAGAAAAGAGUGCUUUUGACACGGGAUGCAAAGUUGCUAAAACAUCAGUAUCUAACAAAAAACCAAAUAUAUAGAGUGAAGAGUCUUCUAAAAAAUGAACAGCUACUUGAGGUUAUUGAAACUUUUCAGCUAAAAAUUAGUGAGGAUCAGCUAAUGUCAAGGUGCACAAAAUGCAAUGGAAGAUUUAUUCAAAAGCCACUGACAACUGAAGAGGCUAUUGAAGCUGCAAAGGGUUUUCAAAGAAUUCCAAAUUGCUUAUUUGACAAGAAUUUAGAGUUUUGGCAGUGCAUGGACUGUCACCAACUAUAUUGGGAGGGUACUCAAUACCAUAACGCAGUACAGAAGUUCAUUGACGUUUGCAAGUUGAGUGACUAAUUUAAGCUUAGAUGCGGAUGUGCUUUCAAUUGAUGGUUCCAUCAAAUAACUUAUAAUCGCUUUUGCUUGAAUAUAUUUGUUUCAAUGCAAUCUUUUCAUGCGAUGUACAUAAUAUUUUAUAGAGUAAACACCUUUUUUAGUCCCUGUCAAUAUUUACGAAGUCUUUUUUAGUCCCUGGCAAUAAAAAAGGACCAAAUUGGUCCCUGAAAUUACAAAAAAAAGGCCAUAUUAGUCCUUAUGUCAACUCUCAAAUAUGUAGAGUGGUCCUUUUUUUGUACUUUCAGGGACCAAUUUGGUCCUUUUUUAUUGCCAGGGACUGAAAAGGACUUCGUAGAUAUUGUCAGGGACUAAAAAUGGUAUUUACUCUAUUUUAUACAUCAAGUUGGUUAUGGCGGCAUAUCUCCAUCUCGUGGCUGGGAAUUCUACAUUAGCAUAGGGCUCUAUGACAAAGCUGGAAAUCUUAAAAAAUGCUAUUGAGAUUGCACACACACUGUAGAGUUGAAAAUAUUUGUCUGAAUCAUAAAAUGUCAUUUUAAUGCAAUUGUGCUGACUUGUUCUCAAUAUUUUCAUGAAUAACUGAUUCCUUGAAAGCUCAGUGGAUAGAUUGUUAACCUGCUCCAAUUUUUGGUGCUACUGUUGCACCAAGAUUCAGUGCAUCUCACCAAUGAGAGCAUUACACAUCAUAAGAGAGAGAAAAAAUUUGGCAGAGAAAAAAAACUUUAGCUGAAAUGUAAUAUUUCUAUUGAUGGGAUGUACUGAAUCUUUGGUGCAAUAGUAGCACCAAAGAUUUAUUCCUUGACUGUGGGGUUGUGCAAUUUUUUUAUAGUGUACCUUUUUUCUUUGAGUAUGCCUGGGAGUGGGGUUCAAACUGCUAAUGUAUCUUUUGGGUACAAAUUUUUUCUAUUUUCUCAUAUACCUUUAGUAAGGAUACGAGAAGCAGUUGUAUAUAGUUAAUAACACAAAGAUUGUGUUAUUUGUAUGCUUUACGAGGUUCCCUUUUUAUUUUAUGGAAAAUAAAAC